AUGGCCACCGCCGCCGAACCAACCUCUCCGGUCGACGGUCUCUCCGACCCCAGGACGCCAAAGACCCCUCGAGAAAAUGAGCUCCCUCUACCUCCUGUCCCCCCUCUAGCCGGCGGCCCAAAUGAGGCCUUUGACUCCACGGACAGGGAGCGCCUCCAACAUGUUCUGUCAUCAGAUAUUGGAAUGACUACGCUGCUCGGCAGACUGAAACAAAGCAUAAGUUCUACAAGGGACUUUGCCGCAUUCCUUAAAGAGCGAUCCGUCCUCGAAGAGAAGCACGCGCAAGGAUUGAAAAGGCUGAGUCGGACUACCAACGACCAGAUACGACGGCCUGAAAACCGACAAGGCUCUUUCGCAGCAAACUAUGAAGAACUUAACAGAAUCCACGAUCGUAUGGCCGAUCAUGGCAUCCAAUACGCCAGUACCCUCUACGCAAUGUCGGAGGAACUCUACGAGCUGGCAGCAAACACAGAAAGAGGCCGGAAACACUGGAAGCAAACUGGACUGAAUGCAGAAAAGCGAUACCAGGACGCCGAGGCGGCCAUGGACAAGGCAAAAUCAAAGUACAAUUCAUUAGCAGAGCAUUACGACCGGGCGAGAACCGGCGAGAAGCAACCAGGCAGGUUCGGCCUGAAAGGAACCAAAUCGGCCGUCCAGCAAGAGGAAGACCUACACCGCAAACUGGAAGCGGCCGAUGGUGAUUACGCCUCCAAAGUUCAGGCUGCUCAAACCAUUCAACAGGAGCUUUUGACUACGUUCAGACCGCAGACGGUGAACGCUUUGCAGGAGCUCAUCAAGGAAAUCGAUGCCGGCCUGAGCGUGCAGAUGCAGAGGUUUGCCGGUUUGACCGAGAAGCUGAUUCUGGGUUACGGACUUUCCGUCACACCGCUCAAGGGACAAUCGCCGGUCUCUGCUACACCCACCAAAAGCCUUCGAGAAGUAGCCUCGAGCGUCAAUAACGAGAGAGAUCUCGUCGAAUAUGUCUUGAGCUUUAGCACCAAGGCGGGCACGAGACCACGCGAGAUCAGAUACGAAAAGCAUCCCGCCUUGUCGCCGAAACAGCAGCAACUGAAUCCGGCGUAUAGUCAAGCACCGUCGGAUCCAUAUGCGCUAGUUCACGGGCCUCAGCCUCAUCAGCAUGGUCGGCAAGUGUCUGGUGUCACAGCUUUGCAAGGCGAUGGAUAUCCAGGGCCAAGCUCGCAACCGCAGUAUCCUACGGGAGGGCAAGGACCCGCGUCUGGUUACGGACUGCCUCGACCGCAGCAACCAAUCCAACAGGCGAACUAUGGUCCUACUCCAUCUCAAGGACCAAGUCCGCCCCCUUCUGGAGCACCUCAACUACCGCAGAUUGGCACGUUGGGGACUGAUCGAUUUGGAGGCCAGACUUCUGGAGUUGUCAGUACGGGAGCUGCUGAUGACCAUUAUCGUGCUGCUCCGGCCCAGCUUAGCAGCAAUGCAGGUCCACCAGCCAGCUCACACCUCAACAGUCUUCGUUCUCCUAGCACCUCCCUCGGACCCCAAGAUCCGGUGAGCGGCCCGGGUCCGCAGUAUGGUCAAGGCCCUCCGGCGACAAGUUCAUUCGAUCAACGAUCUCCAGCAUCCUUUGCAUCUCCAACGCCUAAUGAUCGAAUGGCGUACCGGCCACCGCGAGGAUCGUCGCUUGAUCAGCCGGGCGAGCUGGGCAGCAACGGUCCAUCACGAGGACAACCGAGCACAGUAUUCUCGCAGGUCACUGUGCCGCUUCCAGCAGAGUUAGAGCAAGAGCCUGGUGCGCGUGUGCAAGGGGAGAGAUCUCAAUCAUAUGGCAGCGAGCCUAGCCCGCAACAAACCCUACCCUCGCAAGGGCCCGGUUUCGGAAUUGCCAGCAAUGGCACGUCAUCACGACCAUUGCAGGGACCCCCAGAUGGAGUUCCUCACCCGCAACAUCCUAGACCUAGUGGCAGUGUCAGCUCCUUUACAUCAAGAGGGCCAUCCGGCCAGAGAGCUGGGCCUCCCGUGAAGCCUGUUUUUGGAGUGUCGUUGGACGACUUGUUCCAACGAGAGGGCCUGGCUGUGCCUGCAAUCGUACGCCAAUGCAUUCAAGCCGUUGAUUUAUAUGGUCUCGAUGUGGAGGGUGUCUACAGGACUUCUGGGUCCGCCCAUCACAUCAUGGAGUUGAGACAGCAGUUUGAUCAUGAUGCCGAAGCAGUGGAUUUCCGCAAUCCUGCAGUCUUUUACAAUGACAUUGCUUCUGUCACUACUCUACUCAAGCACUUCCUGCGGGACCUGCCCGACCCGCUGCUCACAGCGGCGCAGUAUCCGGCGUUCAUCGAAGCAGCCAGGUUGGAGGACGACGUUGUACGACGGGAUUCGAUCCACGCCUUGGUGAAUUCUCUACCUGAUCCUAACUACGCCACCUUACGGGCGGUGACGCUACACUUAUACCGGGUCGCUCAGCACAGUGACAGGAACAAGAUGACCAUCAGUAACCUGGCAAUUGUGUUUGCGCCAACUCUGAUGGGUCAACAUGGCGGCGGAGGUGGCCCAGAUAUCGCGGACGCUGGUUGGCAAGCCAAGGUCGUGGAGACGAUUCUGAACAACACGUAUCAGAUCUUCGACGACGAUGAGUGA